AUGGCCGGUCGUAAAGCGCAUUCUCUCGUCGGGGGGACGAACCAGAUCCAGGACGUGGAGGAGCGGGCGGAUGAUGCACCUCCCCCAAGAGACGACGAAUUGAGCACUCCAUCUUCUAUACCGAACUCUACAAGGAAUACCUCUACCACACACUUCAGAAGCCUGAAGCGGAGCGCAGCACGAGGAGAUAUCUACGAAAUCUUCAGCGAGGACAAAGCCGAGAUUCGUGUCAACAAUCCCAAGAGACGGUCUAAAAGGAACACACAGGCAAAAACUCCAAUCGUCGCACCAAUAAUCAGCCAGGGUAGGCUACCUGUCGUUGCUUCUUCGCAGUACUAUACCGGGGACAGUUCGAGGCCACAAGAGAAGGUAGCCAUGCCAAAUGUUAAUGCUGUAGGUACGACCGAGGUGGCUCAGAGUACCUCCCUGGAGCCCACAAAACGGGGAAGAGGUCGGCCGCGAAAGACUUCGAAACCGAUUCCAGCUGUCCCAGCAACUUCUGUCGCAAAACGCACAUCUCCGCUCGCAAAUUCCAGUGAGGCAGAAGACCGUCUGAAUACCACGAACCAGCCCGCAAAACGAGGAAGAGGACGUCCUCCUAAGAAUUCUAUCUCCAUGCCAGAUAUCAUUCCAAAAGAGGCAGUACGAAGAAUAAAACAAAUUCCAGCAUUACCUCAAAAACCUGUGGUACCAAACAAAGCAACAGUUUCGGAGGAAGGCUCAGGUGCCGAGGAUGCAGAAAUCGAGGAAGAUGUACCGGUUGAUGAAGAAGAGACCCGAGGAGAAGUUGAGAAAGUAUUCCCCGCAGAUGAGGCACGAGGAUCCGCUCCCGAGACACCAGCUGUGGACGAAGAUGAAGAUGACGAUCAGGGCUACAGCCAAAUCCUCAUGAACCCAAGUCCUAUCAAAGUCACUGGACAAAACAUCGUUGUUGACUCGAACCAUGCUCAGCAAAACCUCGAAGCGAUAUCACCAAAUCAACCAGAAGGUGAAGCUCUGGAUAAGGAGGCUACUGAAUCCGAAGCCGAGGAAGAUUGGGUCGAGGAGAAUGGGGCCGGGGAGGAUGAGACCGAAGACGAUUUAACCGAGGUGCUCUUUAACAACACCUUACUAGAAUCAGUAGCCCGUAUUGCCCGAAGAGUUGGACACCGUCAAGAUACUAAGACGCGCAAGUUCCAUUUGAGACAAACAGAGAAAAUGAUGACUACCAACGGGAAGAAGAUGAUUAAAUCCAUCAACAAACUGGUAUCGGCGUACGGUAUAUUGCGAAACAACAAGAACAAGCAAGAGCCUACAGAAUGUAUAAACCUGGUCGCAUCUCUCAUACGUGAAAUCAAGCUCGAGACUGAGUCGAUCUUGAAAAAAAGAUUGGGAAAUCCGAGCAUCGGCAUCGAAUAUGACGAGGAAGCAAGGUCGAAAAAGAUGCUUCGAGAUCUUUACUUCAAUAUUUUCCCACCACUCGUGGAUGUAAUCCAAAUGGCUGUCGAUGUUCAUCCUGCAGUGCCUUCUAUUGAGACGCCUGCACUCCAACAACUCCUAGACCUAGUCACUUGCCUCGAGCAACUUGCGACAGCUGCAAUUCUGCAGCCAAAAGAACAUCAGCCUAGAGCCCCAGGCAAUUCGAUGGCCGAUUCUUAUCAAAUAACGCAGCCUACUCGCCAUUUCCUGCCCAAUGUUCGUUUGAUACGAAAAAUUUUAUCAGCCGAGCUAGAUGAAAGGGGUCGCAUCGAAGCCGCUAAAAAGCGGGAGCAGCGACAGCAUCGACAGCGGCAAAUAGAUGAAGAGAGAGAGAAGCGACGUCAAGCUGAUCUUCAUGCACGUAUUGUUGAGACGAAUCGAUUACAGAGAGAGGCAUUCAAUAAACGCCUCGAAGAGCCACGAUGGGGACAGAUAUUGAGCAAAAUUAUUGCUGCAAAGACUGCGAACGGUACCCAGAAUACUCAGUCCAUGUAUCGUGCCUACAGAAGCGAUGAGCCGCCGAGCGAAGAAUAUUUCGGGGGAGCCCAGGACAACGACAGCCAAAAUGACCCCUUUGCCGAAGAUCUGGCUGCAGAGGAACAGUUUGACCACUUUUUAAAUGGUCAUGACGAUGCUUAUGACCGAGUCCGUGUUUUUGGGAGGAACAACAUGAAUGAUAAGUCCAGACCACUAUCUGAUGAAGAAAGACAGAUCUUCAUCGAGUGCAUGAGGAAGGAGAGAGGAGAGGACCGCUACGUGAAGGCGGCACAAACACUGCAGAGGAGUGUGGAGGAGAUAUUUUUGUAUGCUCAGGAUCUACAAGAAGCCAUGGAUCGGAAGCAUGCACAGGGAUGGAUGAAAAGGCCUAAAGACGAAUGGACAAAUUAUAUCUGGGCAAAGGAGCCUGAACCUAGCACAUCUGGGUCAUGA